UCCCUCCUCGCUUGGCAUGUCACACGCCCAGGAGUCUCUCAGGGGCCGCUUCUUCCACUUUUUCUUGAGAGCCCGCUUGAUUCAAACCCUAGAUCGCUCGCUUGCUCGACACCCUUGCUUGCAUCGAUGAUGAAGAGAGGAGCCAAACGCGCUGCCCUGACCUCUGAUGCGUCUGCCGAUGCUGGCCUACAAAGUAAAAGAGUAAUGGACGCACCGUCUUUUGGUGUUCACAGGGUGGAGUCUUCCCAUCAGCAUCUGAUGGCAGGACCCACACUAGAUCCACAACGUGCAGAAUCAGCGCAUCGGCAUGUGAGGGCUCUUAAUUCUCAGUUUGCAAGCUGGGUACAAUUACAGUUACAAAGUCAUCCUGAUGAGCUUUGGGAAGAUGGUGUGAGUGACUAUCUAUCCCAUGCUUCUCACAUAAUGGAGAAUUUCAAGGAUGUUGUUGAUUGGCUUAAGGCAAAAUCAGCAAAGCAAAAAAGUGUGUCAAUUGCAGGAUCAACAACUGACGAUAAUAACACGGUGGAUGUAUUUGAGAAUAAUAAAAAGUUGAUGCACUCUAAUAUAAGCAAUGGGUUUGCAAAGCAGCAGACAACAGCUAGCAUGCCGAGUUUGCAGAAGUCCAGUCCACAGAGUUCUGGUCUAUUUUCAUUCUCUCAAAAACCAGAUUUUGCUGGUUCGUCUAGUAGUCAGAAGAGCUUGUUCACUGUCUCAGAGAGCAAUAAAGCAACAGAUGUCACCAACGGGGUUGUAAAACAAAUGACACCCGCUAGUUUUCCAAGCUUUCAUGAUUCGGGUUCGCAGAGCAGUGGUCUAUUCUCCUUCAGUCAAAAACCAGCCUUUUCAGGAAUGCAGGGUGAUGCUACGAAAGUCGAAGUUUCUGGUGAUGUGGAUGAUGAAGAAGGUGAUCAAAAGAAGCCAAGUAGUCCUUCUCUGGAGAAAGCUGAAGAGAAGGGAAUUAUUGUUGUUCAUGAAGCCAAAUGCAAGGUGUAUGUGAAGCCCGAUGAUCCUUCAGACAAAGCUUGGAAAGAUAUGGGUGUGGGUCAUCUUUCUAUUAAAUGUAAAGAAGGUGUGGAGAAAGCUACAAAAGAUUCGAGGCCGACCAUUGUCAUCCGAAAUGACGUGGGAAAAAUCUUGGUCAAUGCUUUGAUAUAUCAUGGCAUAAAGAUGAACAUCCAAAAGAAUACCAUCACCUCGAUAUUUCACACAGCGGGUGGAGGACAUGGAGCCGGAGCUGACAGUAAGGACAUUGUGGCUCGUACAUACCUCCUAAGGUUGAAAAACGAAGAAGAAACUACAAAGCUCGCAACUGCUAUCAAAGAUCAUACGCCAUCUGACUAAAAGUAUGAGGUAGUUGAGCUCUCACAUGUAGAAUGUUCUGUAACAUGAGAUAUGAUUUAUGCGAACCCAAUUCCCAAGGUUGUUGAUGAUAUUAUUCUUUUCCGUAACUGGUAUGAAAACCAAGUUCUCGCUGGAUCUGUUGUAGUUAGCAUGAAGCUGAGUCUAUGACAGUUGCUCUUCAUGGAAAACAUGACUAAAAUUGUUUGUUUUGGAAGCUGUCCUACGGUGAAAUUUUGUUUC